GCAAGUGCGGUCACGCUGGCUGCCAUCCCCGAAGACACAAAUAUUAAUUUCUUUUUGCAUAAAAAUCGAAGCAAAAAUAAAAACGUACAUUUUAUUGCAUUUGGUCGAUCGUAAGUAAUGCACAGCAAAAGCUAACGGGCAAAAUAUACGUGCAAAUCGUACGUGUUCAAGCAAUUAAAUGCUUACGAUAUUGUAGCUUCCUCCUCGCCCCGCCCCGCAGCGAGUUUGAUUUUCGUUGUUGUUGUUGGCAGCAGUUGAUCACAAUACGCAAAGGAAACUAAGAAACUUCAAGAACAGUAACAACAACAAUAACAACAACAACAAGAGCAGAAGAGAAGAGAACUGAAAACAAAAUGGCUGCUCACCAGCAGCUAUUGGCUUUGAUGUCAUCGGCCUCCGGUCACAACAACAACAACAGCCCCGAGCCACUGUACGAUCUGGCAUUGAAUGCCGUUGUCAACAGCCUGGACUGCAAAGUCCCCGCUUUGGGGCGCAUCAGCAAGCUGCCGGAGUUGCCUCGCAAUCUGCUCAUCGAUGUCUACGAGAGAAUCUCGCAACGUGAUGACUUGAAGGACUCACUGUUGGAGGAGCUCUCCAAGCUUCGGGUAUUCAGAUGCCUCGUCCGCUUCACAUCAGCGCGCAAUCAAUUGCUGCGCAUUGUCGCUUCCUUAAUGGCCAGCAACAAGUCGCUGACGCGUCGCCUCAGCGAGGCAUACGAAGUGCUCUUCAGUGUACCACAAAUCGAACAGCCCGAACAGAGCGAACAGGUUGGCGAUAGCAGUCAUAAAUUGGACAAGGAGCUGUUCAGUGAUGAGUACAGUAAAAUGCAGAUUACCGAGCAACAACAGAAUGCCGCAGCUGGCUGCAGCAGCAGCAGCGACUCAUCAUCAUCAUCAUCAUCAGCAUCAUUACCAGCAUCAACAACGACGUCCAGCGAGAUCGACGAUCAUCAACACUCACAACUGCCGAAUGUCACAGUAAAGUUGGCCCACUUGCUGGACGACCUCGAUGAUUUGGAUGAUCAGGAUGCGCUGGCCAUUGAUUUGGGACUGCGAUUGGGCAGCUUUCUGUCCGAGGCAGGCUGGAUGCAGGAGAGCAUCUCAGUGCUGUCGUGCCUCAACGAAAGACUGAAGCGCAUGCCGCCCUUCAAGAACAUGCUGGUCACGCGAGUCGACUGUUUGCAGCGUCUACUUUAUGCGGAAUCAUCGCACUGUAAUUUCAAAUUGGCGCAACAAACGUACGCGGAACUGAUCAAGCUGGCGCCCAUGUUCGAUCGCCAAGUGCCCUCGCCAUUGAUUGCGAUGGCCUACACACAAAUCUCGUCCAUGUACUUUGCCCGCAACGAGUACAACAACAGUCACAUGUGGAGCGUGAAGGCGCUGCAUCAUUUGCAUGUGUCAGCGCCCACACGCGUUGCCAUCGAUGUGUUGCGUCAGGCGGCCAAAGCUUGUGUGGUUAAACGAGACUUUGCACGCGCCAAUUUGCUCAUCUGCCAAGCUGUGCGGCGUGCUCGUGAACACUUUGGUCCAACGCAUCAGAAAUACGGCGAUGCACUGCUCGAUUAUGGCUUCUUUUUGCUGAACGUCGAUUCGGUGUUUCAAUCGGUGAAUGUGUACAAGGAAGCGUUGGCUGUGCGUCGCGGCAUCUUUGGCAACAUGAAUUUCCAUGUGGCCAUCGCCCACGAGGAUCUUUCGUAUGCGUAUUACGUGCAUGAAUAUAGCACUGGUGACUUCAGUUGUGCCCAAGAUCAUGUGGAUAAGGCGGUUAACAUUAUGAAGAAUCUGGUGCCAAGCAAUCAUUUAAUGUUGGCAUCGGCGAAGCGUGUGAAAGCCCUGUUGUUAGAGGAGAUUGCGCUCGAUAAGAUCGCCGAUGGCAUGGAUGAGGAGGAUUUGCUGUUGCAAUCGGAGGAGCUGCACAAUUUCGCGUUGCAACUCUCGCUGGAGGUGUUUGGCGAGGUGAAUGUGCAGACGGCGAAACAUUAUGGAAAUCUGGGGCGUUUGUAUCAAACAAUGAAUCGUUUCGACGAGGCCGAGCGUAUGCAUCAGAAGGCCAUCAAAAUCAAGACAGAUCUCCUUGGUCCCUAUGACUAUGAGGUUGGACUGUCGAUUGGACAUUUGGCGUCGCUCUACAACUAUCAAAUGAAAAAGUUUCGCCAGGCCGAAGAUCUAUAUCUGCGCAGCAUUGAUAUAAGCUUGCGUUUGUUUGGCAGCACUUACUCGGGCUUGGAGUACGAUUAUCUGGGACUGUGCCAUGUCUAUGAGACACUCCAUGAAUUUGAAAAGUAUUUACGCUACGCUCACAUUCUCGAAAAUUGGCAGCUAUUGCGUGGCCAAAAUCUAACACAAAACAAAUCCAGCUAUCCGGCGAUUGAGGAGGAUUACUCCAUUGAUCUGGUGAAGGCAAAGUUUUUUACCGAGAACAGCAACACGCAUAAAAAUGUUGGAGGCGCCUCUAGUUCUUCGACGUUGCCCAGCACAAGCGCUAAUUGAAAGCGGACCAAGCGGCAAAUAAGCAUUGCUUAGGUGUUGUACUACACUCUACAUACACACACACACACAACACACACGCAUUCUCACACACAACAUACAAACUGACGUAAAAGUUAUGUAAAAUAUAUACGUGUUAUUAUAGCUUACAACUUCCAAUUUACUUAGCUUAAAGCUUCAAGCAAAACAUAAAUUUGUUAACAAAUCUUUUCGGCUAGAGAGAAAGGCAAUUCGCCAUGACAAAAGAAAACAGCAACAACAACAAGCCGAACAACAACGUUUUGCGUCUGUCAACGCCCACAUGGAAUAUCUUUGAUUCUUCUCUUUUUUUAACGCAUUCUAUAUAUCUAUAUAUUUCUUGUUUUAAAUUGACACAAAUGAAAACUGCAUUCGGUUUGUUAUCAAAUACAUAAUAUAUAUAUAUAAUUGUACUGUGAGAUUACAUAUGUAAGUGAGGAGGCAAAAGGUGUGAAUUUGCUGUCAACAUAAAUCUUUCUUUUUUUUGUUUACUAUCAUUAUUAUUAUUAUUUUUCGUUUUGGUCAACUACUUAAUUGUACAACAUUAUUUAUUAUUUUCAUUACACACACAAUUUGUAAAUGUUUUUCUUGAAUUUUGUUAAAAAGUAUACUCUCCGUGAGUUUGAACACACGAAAUAGAUAAAAAAAAAAAACACGUAAAAUUGGUUUAAUCCAAUAACCCGUUCAUAUUUUAAUUCUAAAAUACGAAUAAAUGAUGUGAUUGAUAUAAAUAAAUGCAUGCAAAACGUGCAUGUGUUUAUUCAUACAUAA